AUGUGUGAUUCAGAAUGGGGAUAAUUGGAUGGAUAAUUUAUUGUCGUUGUUCGUAAUCAAUAACAUGUAGAAGCAUUAAUGAAAACUGAGUAAUAAUUACUCACAAGUCUAAUAAAAAAUGUAUGAAUUCGGUUUAUCAUAAGCAUGUUCCUGUUAUUUUUAAGGAAGAUCUUUAGCUGGUUUAGUAACCAAUUGAGCUAAUAUUAGAUUAUUUCAAUCAGCCUUAAGGAAUUAUUGAGACCAAUAUUUUAAGUUAUCAAACUCUAAUAUAGAAAUCAUUUUAAUUGAGACACAUUCCUAAAUUAAAGGAGAUAAAAAAAAUCACAAAAACAAGAUCCUUCUAGACUCUUUAAAAGCCUAUAGUGAAUGAUCGAUUAUAUGCUAUUCUUAAUAUAGAAAAAAAAUAGGAGUAAAUAAAAAAAGAUGAGAUUUAUAUCUUUAAGGAUUUAUCGAAAUCUGUAGAUCCAAUUAUCAUAAAGGGUUUUAAUGAUGAUUAUGAAUUCGGAGUUUUAAUUGUCAUAUAUGAAAAAUUGGGAUUAAGCCAUGUUGAUUUGUUGAAUGAAGUAAUUAAAUUGUACAUUUAGCAAAGAAACUCAAAAACCUUAUAAUAUUUAAGUUUAUGGGUGGAUUAUCGAUAUGUAGAUUUAAUUACUGAUAAUAGUGUAUUUUGCACAAUAUUUUUGCAAUUUUUAAAUUUAGUUGAAUUGAUAACUUCUAAAAAAGAAAAUGAAUUAUAAUAGAAAAUCACAAAUAUUUUGAAUGGAAAAAAGAUAAUAUUUACAUAAACAUUGAAUUCUCCUUCCCCAACUUCUUUAUUAAAAAAAUAGAGUUUUCACCUUCCUUAAAAGAAUAAAAAAUUUAGAAAUUUAUCAAUGUAGAUAUCAAAUUAAUCAAUACAUUAGAAUGUAUUGUAAUAAUUUGAUGGAAAUUAAUUCUAUAUAAAUUGCAAUGUUGAAAUGCUGUAAAAAUAAUUUUGGAUUAUUGAUAUAGAGCAAUUUUCAAAGAUAAGUAUAACAGCUAUGCUUAACUAAAAUCAUUUAAUAAAGUAUUGUCAGUAAUAAUUUACAGGAAUGAUGAGAUUAGCGAUUAUUUUGAUUAUCUUUUAUUCCACAUGA